AUGAGGGAAAUCAAGAUGGAGAAAUGGCAAAUGGAUAGCAAGAAACGCGACUCGCAAGACACAAGAGAAGAAACUGAUAUAACCACAGCUGUAAAAACGACAGAGAAGCUGCAGCUGCUGCAGCUUGAUGUGAAGAGAAAAACUGAAGACAAGAAUUUGUCAGCGUCUGAAAAAUGUGAGAUUGAAAGGAUAAAAACUGAGAUACAGACACAGAGAGAGGAACUAGAACAAGAGAGGCGACUAGCAAAAGCAGAGAUGGAUGAAAUGAACCACAUGAGAGACAGCAUUCACAGACAAAAACAAGAGCUUGAGGACACAUUACAUAGGACAAAAAGAGAGAUAAGAGAAAUGGAGGUGUUGAAUGCUGAGCUCGACAUAAAGAAAAAAGACCUGGAGAAGAGAACGAGAGCGACUUUGAGAAAAAAGAAGAUGAAGGAAGAUGCAGAACAAGCAAAAAAACAGAUCACACAAAGUAAAGAGUCACAAGAAGUCAAAGGUGCCAUCAAAAAAGUCAGAACCGGUAUGCAGCUGUCAAAGGAGGUGUCAGAGACCAGCAUGAAGGAAAGUUUUGGAGAUGCUGAUGAGAGUGAAGAUAUGAGCUUUGAGAUUCAGAGAGAAAUCCAAGAUCUUGAAAGGACCGAUGAAUUGAUGCAACAUACAGAAGCAAGCACGGAAGAUCAAACGGAGAGAAGCGACCUGGAGAUGAAUUACAGAAACAGAAUGAAUGCUAAUAUUGAGCGACUUGUUGUACAGGUUAAAGAAGUAAGAAAUGCAUUGAAGACAGUGAAAGAUGACACAGAACAAAGUAGACAAGAUCUCAAAGAUGAAAAGAAACAGAUCAAAUGGAUGAAUUUUCAAUUUCAGAAAAAGAAAAGGAAACUGGACCAAAGGAUGGAAAAAAACAUGCAAGAGAGGGAUGAGUUAGAAAUGAUGACAAUUAAAAUGCAGAAACAAAAGGAACAGCUGGAACAGAGGAUGGAAGAGGCGUGGAGUAAAAGUAAGCACAUGAGUGAAAUGAAAGAACUGAUAAACACUAGCCAGGACAUGCAGAGGGCCCAAAAGAAGACAGAGCACAGCAAAGACAACAUGUCACGAGAUAUGGAUAAGCUGAUUUCUAUGAAAGAGGAGUUCAGCAGAUGGAAAUUGGAGGAAACGACUGCUGAAGAAACCAUCUCUGAACGUAAGACCACACCCCAAGAACCACAGAAUGAGACAGAUGAUUACUACUGCAAAGAGGAACCAAUUGAAACUCCUUCAGUCAAUGUGGAAGCACAAGAUAUUACAUAUGACAAAAUUAAAAUAGACACAAAACACCCCAUAACAAUGACAAUGACAGACAGAGAAAAAUACACAGAUUCUUCCUUAGAACAUGUUAAGAGAAAAGUAAAAGAAAGUGAUGACUAUCAACUGGAAGAGAAGACAACAGUCAUAGAAGAGCAAGAGAUUAAGCGGGAUACAAAUAUGUUGAUGGAUCAAUUGGUUAAGAAACACAUGGAAUUUAGAAAGCUAGGCAAGGCAAUAAGCGACCAACAGAAGCAAAAACAAGAUCUUGAGGAAGGAGUGGAAGAUACAAAGAGAAAAAUUGUAAACCUUCAGGAAGUUCAGGCUGAUCUGGAAAGACGAACAGAAGACAUUGAAACACUGAAAGCACACACCAAGACUGAGAGACAAAAGAUGGAGAUGUUUAAGUUUCAGAUCCAGGUGGAAAGAGACAAUAUUAAAAUGGCAACGCAGCAAGCCAGUGUGGAGAUAAAUGCAAUGAACCUCAUAAGAAACGAUAUCAUGAGACAAAAUCAAGAGCUUGAUGACAAAGUGCAGAAGACCAAAAGGGAAAUAAGGGAGAUGGAAUUGUUGAAAGCAGAGCUGGAAAGGCGCAGGAAAGAAAAUGAACAGACAAUAAAGAAAGGCAUGAGGAAAAAGGAGGAACUUGAAGUUAUGCGAGCUGAAAUAGAAAAAGAGAAGGAAUCACUGAGGAUAGAGACACAAAAAAGAAAAAGAGAAUUGGGCCAAAGGCUAGAGAAGACCCUGAGAGAGAGGGAUGAGUUAGAUGUUUUGAAGAUGAAGUUGCAACAGCAAAAGGGAGAGCUUGCAGAAGAAAUGGAGAAAAUCAAGAGAAAUAAGGAAAACGUAGAACAACAAAUGACUAUGAGGGAAAUGGGAGACAUGGAAAAUCUAAAGGCCGAUCUACGAAAACAGAGAGAGGAAAUAGAAAAAUUGAGAGCUGAGUGCAAGAUUGAAAGAGAUUACAUAGAAAGGAUAAAAUAUGAGUUUGAAAUAAAAAAGACUGACUUGGAAAAAUUAAUAAAUUAUCAAACUAAAGCAGAAAUUGAAAAAAUUAAUCAUUUAAGGGAUAGUAUUGAAAAACAAAAACAAGAGGUUGAAAAUGGGCUGGAGAAGACUAAACGAGAAAUAAGAGAGAUGGAACUGUUGAAAUCAGAAAUAGAAGUGAAGAAGAAAGAAAAUGAACAGUUACUAAGGAAGAGUGUUAGAAAAGAGCAGGAAGCUAGAAGAAUGUGGGAUGAAAUACAAAGAGAAAAGGACUCCUUUAAGAGACAGACAAGAAAGAGAAGGAGAGAGCUGGACCAAAGGCUGGAGAAGACCCUGAGAGAAAGGGAUGAAUUAGAAAUCAUGAAGCUGAAGCUAAAGACAAAAAGUGAAAAGAAAGAAGAUAUAAAGAUGGAAGCAAAGGAAUUGGACACCAUGAAAGAACUGGAAAAUCACAUUCAAAAACACUGGCAUAAAGUCAAAAAGAGUAUGGAUGAAAACAAAGCAAAGGAAAAACAACUAAAAGAUAUGUGUCGAAAAUUCGAGGAAGAGAGAAAGGAAAUCAUGAAAAGUGAAAGCAUCCUAGCCCAAGAAAGAGUUAAAGUGGAUCAAAUGAAGAUGGAGACAAUGAAAACAAUUGAACGUCAGAGAACCAAACUCAAAGAAUUGAAUGGCAGGAAGAAUGCACAAAUAAAAAUGAAAAUGAAAAACUUAGAAGGGAAAAAUAUGAAUAUACAAAAACUGAACCAGAUUUUGAAAGAAAAGUAUGAUGAACUUGAUCAACAAAAAGGAAAGAUGGAGGCUUACUCUGAACUGAUACAGAAAGAAAGGGAGUGCAUGAUUAGAACAAGGUCAGAUAUAAUCAAUCAAAGAGAAGAAAUACAAAAUGAAAAACAAAAGCUUGCUGUAGAAAGACAAAAACUCAAGGAAGAAAUACAGAGAGAGAGGGAAGAGCUCAACAAAGUAAAGGAGAAGAUGACCAAAGACAAACUGGACCUGGAGGAAGACAUACAGAGGGAGAGGGAGGAGAGCAACAUAAUAAAGGAGAUCAUAACCAAAGACAAACUGGACCGGGAGGUCACAAGGUCCGACACACAGAAACAAACCACCACAUGGGAAACAGACAAAUAUGAUUUGAUGGAAGAACAAGCAAGGCUUCAAAACACAAAGAACGAAUUAAAACAUAAGCAGGAGGACACUGAUACUUCCGUGGAAGAAAUAAAAGGAGACAAGAACUUGGAAGAAAGCACCAUUCAGAUUAAUAAGGAAAGGAGAGAACUUGACAAUGCAAGGACCAUCAUUACCUUGAAACAGAAAGAACAAGAACUCAAAGACUAUGACAUCAUAAAACAAACACAAGAACUGGACGCCAGUCGUCGUAUUUUACAAGAAGAAAGAGAAGUAUUGGAAAUUAUGAAGACCGCUCUAAACCUGCAGCGAGAAGAAAUUCAAUUCACAGUUAAGACUAUCGAAGAAGAAAAAGAUGAACUAAGAGCAAUAAGGGCUGACAUUGACAGGGAAAAAAGCAUUUUUUUAGCACAAACAGAGAAGAUGGAAAUGGAUGUAUCUGAGAUAACCAUCAGAGAGGAGGAGCUCAUUAAAACAUUGAAAACCCUGGAACAACAGAGAAUCAAACUCAAAGACCUAGAUGGAAGGACUUCUGUGGCUAUCAGGAGGAAAAUGAAAACCUUAGAAGAGAAAAAUAUGAAUGUACAUAAACUCAACCGGGUUUUGAAAGAAACAUAUGAUGAACUUGUUGAUCAGAAAGAAAAGAUGGAGGCUUAUUCUGAACUGAUACAAGAAGAAAGAGAGAAUCUGAUUACAACAAGGUCAGAACUGAUUAAUGAAAGACAAGAAAUACAAAACGAAUGGAAACAAAAGCUUCCUGUGGAAAAACAAAACCUCAAGGAAGAAAUUCAGAGAAAGAGGGAAGAGCUCAACAAAGUAAAGGAGAUGAUGACCAAAGACAAAGUCAACCUGGAGGUCCUAAGGGCUGUCACACAGACACAAAUUGACACACUGGAAAGAGAAAAAUGUGAUUUGAAGGAGGAACGACAAAGGCUUGAAAAGACAAAGAUUGAAAUAAAACACGAGCAACAGAACAUUGAUACUGUCCUGGAAGAAAUAGAUGGAGAAAAGGAGAACAUGGCAAAAACGGCUCUUCAGUUUGAUAGGGAAAGGAAAGAACUUGACAAUGCAAGGACCCUCAUUACCUUGAAACAGAAAGAACAACAACGCAAAGACAACGACAUUAUAAAACAAACACAAGAGUUGGACACCAGUCGUAGUGUCUUACAAGAAGAAAGAGAAGUAUUGGAAAUUAUGAAGGAAGAUCUAAACAUGAAGCAAGAAGAAAUUCAAUCCACAGUUAAGACUAUCGAAGAAGAAAAAGCUGAAGUAAGAGCAAUAAGGGCUGACAUUGGCAAGGAAAGAAAUAUCUUGUUAGCACAAAGAGUGAAGAUGGAAACAGAUGUAUAUGAGAUAACCAUCAGAGAGGAGGAGUUCACGAGAACAAUGAAAACCGUGGAACAUCAGAUAACCACACUCAAAGAUCUACAUGGCAGGACUCGUGGGGACAUCAGGAUGAAAAUGAAAAGCUUAGAAGAGAAAAAUAUCAAUGCACAAAAACUCAACCGGGUUUUGAAAGAAAAGUAUGAUGAACUUGUUGAUCAGAAAGAAAAGAUGGAGGCUUAUUCGGGGCUGAUACAAGAAGAAAGGGAGAAUCUGAUUACAACAAGGUCAGAACUGAUUCAUGAAAGAGAAGAAAUACAAAACGAAUGGAAACAAAAGCUUGCUGUGGAAAAACAAAAUCUCAAGGAAGAAAUUCAGAGAGAGAGGGAAGAGCUCAACAAAGUAAAGGAGAUGAUGACCAAAGACAAAGUCAACCUGGAGGUACCAAGGGCUGUCACACAGACACAAAUUGACACACUGGAAAGAGAAAAACUUGAUUUGAAGGAGGAACGACAAAGGCUUGAAAAGACAAAGAUUGAAAUAUAUCACGAGCAACAGAACAUUGAUACUGUCCUGGAAGAAAUACAUGGGGAGAAGAAAAAUAUGGCCGAAAUGGCUCUCCAGGUUAAUAAGGCAAGGACAGAACUUGACAAUGCAAGGAACAUCAUUACCUUGAAACAGAAAGAACAACAACGCAAAGACAACGACAUUAUAAAACAAACACAAGAGUUGGACACCAGUCGUCGUAUCUUACAAGAAGAAAGAGAAGUAUUGGAAAUUAUGAAGGAAGAUGUAAACAUGAAGCAAGAAGAAAUUCAAUCCACAGUUAAGACUAUCGAAGAAGAAAAAGAUAAACUAAGAGCAAUAAGGGCUGACACUGACAAGGAAAGAAGCAUUUUGUUAGCACAAAGAGUGAAGAUGGAAACAGAUUUAUCUGAGAUAACCAUCAGAGAGGAGGAGCUCAUGAGAACAAUGAAAACCGUGGAACAACAGAGAAUCAAACUCAAAGACCUACAUGGCAGGACUCGUGGGGACAUCAGGAUGAAAAUGAAAAGCUUAGAACAGAAAAAUAUGAAUGUACAUAAACUCAACCAGGUUUUGAAAGAAAAGUAUGAUGAACUUGUUGAUCAGAAAGAAAAGAUGGAGGCUUAUUCGGGGCUGAUACAAGAAGAAAGGGAGAAUCUGAUUACAACAAGGUCAGAACUGAUUCAUGAAAGAGAAGAAAUACAAAACGAAUGGAAACAAAAGCUUGCUGUGGAAAAACAAAAUCUCAAGGAAGAAAUUCAGAGAGAGAGGGAAGAGCUCAACAAAGUAAAGGAGAUGAUGACCAAAGACAAAGUUGACCUGGAGGUACUAAGGGCUGUCACACAGACACAAACUGACACACUGGAAAGAGAAAAACUUGAUUUGAAGGAGGAACAAGAAAGGCUUGAAAAGACAAAGAUUGAAAUAUAUCACGAGCAACAGAACAUUGAUACUGUCCUGGAAGAAAUACAUGGAGAGAAGAAAAAUAUGGCCGAAAUGGCUCUCCAGGUUAAUAAGGCAAGGGCAGAACUUGACAAUGCAAGGACCAUCAUUACCUUGAAACAGAAAGAACAACAACUCAAAGACAAUGACAUUAUAAAAGAAACACAAGAAUUGGACACCAGUCGUCGUAUCUUACAAGAAGAAAGAGAAGUAUUGGAAAUUAUGAAGGAAGAUCUAAACAUGAAGAAAGAAGAAAUUCAAUCCACAGUUAAGACUAUCGAAGAAGAAAAAGAUGAACUAAGAGCAAUAAGGGCUGACACUGACAAGGAAAGAAGCAUUUUGUUAGCACAAAGAGAGAAGAUGGAAACAGAUGUAUCUGAGAUAACCAUCAGAGAGGAGGAGCUCAUGAGAACAAUGAAAACCGUGGAACAACAGAGAAUCAAACUCAAAGACCUACAUGGCAGGACUCGUGGGGACAUCAGGAUGAAAAUGAAAAGCUUAGAAGAGAAAAAUAUGAAUGUACAUAAACUCAACCAGGUUUUGAAAGAAAAGUAUGAUGAACUUGUUGAUCAGAAAGAAAAGAUGGAGGCUUAUUCUGAACUGAUACAAGAAGAAAGGGAGAAUCUGAUUACAACAAGGUCAGAACUGAUUCAUGAAAGAGAAGAAAUACAAAACGAAUGGAAACAAAAGCUUGGUGUGGAAAAACAAAAUCUCAAGGAUGAAAUUCAGAGAGAGAGGAAAGAGCUCAACAAAGUAAAGGAGAUGAUGACCAAAGACAAAGUCAACCUGGAGGUCCUAAGGGCUGUCACACAGACACAAAUUGACACACUGGAAAGAGACACAUGUGAUUUGAAGGAGGAACGACAAAGGCUUGAAAAGACAAAGAUUGAAAUAAAACACGAGCAACAGAACAUUGAUACAGUCCUGGAAGAAAUAGAUGGAGAGAAGGAGAACAUGGCAAAAAUGGCUCUUCAGUUUGAUAAGGAAAGGAAAGAACUUGACAAUGCAAGGACCCUCAUUACCUUGAAACAGAAAGAACAACAACGCAAAGACAACGACAUUAUAAAACAAACACAAGAGUUGGACACCAGUCGUUGCAUCUUACAAGAAGAAAGAGAAGUAUUUGAAAUUAUGAAGGAAGAUCUAAACAUGAAGCAAGAAGAAAUUCAAUCCACAGUUAAGACUAUCGAAGAAGAAAAAGAUGAACUAAGAGCAAUAAAGGCUGACACUGACAAGGAAAGAAGCUUUUUGUUAGCACAAAGAGUGAAGAUGGAAACAGAUGUAUCUGAGAUAACCAUCAGAGAGGAGGAGCUCAUGAGAACAAUGAAAACCGUGGAACAACAGAGAAUGAAACUCAAAGACCUAGAUGGAAGGACUCGUGUGGAUAUCAGGAGGAAAAUGAAAACCUUAGAAGAAAAACAUAUGAAUGUACAUAAACUCAACCAGGUUUUGAAAGAAAAGUAUGAUGAACUUGUUGAUCAGAAAGAAAAGAUGGAGGCUUAUUCGGGGCUGAUACAAGAAGAAAGGGAGAAUCUGAUUACAACAAGGUCAGAACUGAUUCAUGAAAGAGAAGAAAUACAAAACGAAUGGAAACAAAAGCUUGCUGUGGAAAAACAAAAUCUCAAGGAAGAAAUUCAGAGAGAGAGGGAAGAGCUCAACAAAGUAAAGGAGAUGAUGACCAAAGACAAAGUAAACCUGGAGGUCCUAAGGGCUGUCACACAGACACAAAUUGACACACUGGAAAGAGACACAUGUGAUUUGAAGGAGGAACGAGAAAGGCUUGAAAAGACAAAGAUUGAAAUAAAACACGAGCAACAGAACAUUGAUACAGUCCUGGAAGAAAUAGAUGGAGAGAAGGAGAACAUGGCAAAAAUGGCUCUUCAGUUUGAUAAGGAAAGGAAAGAACUUGACAAUGCAAGGACCCUCAUUACCUUGAAACAGAAAGAACAACAACGCAAAGACAACGACAUUAUAAAACAAACACAAGAGUUGGACACCAGUCGUUGCAUCUUACAAGAAGAAAGAGAAGUAUUUGAAAUUAUGAAGACAGAUCUAAACAUGAAGCAAGAAGAAAUUCAGAGAGAGAGGGAAGAGCUCAAAAAAGUAAAGGAGAUGAUGACCAAAGACAAAGUCGACCUGGAGGUACUAAGGGCUGUCACACAGACACAAAUUGACACACUGGAAAGAGAAAAACUUGAUUUGAAGGAGGAACGACAAAGGCUUGAAAAGACAAAGAUUGAAAUAUAUCACGAGCAACAGAACAUUGAUACUGUCCUGGAAGAAAUAGAUGGAGAGAAGGACAACAUGGCAAAAAUGGCUCUUCAGUUUAAUAAGGAAAGGAAAGAACUUGACAAUGCAAGGACCCUCAUUACCUUGAAACAGAAAGAACAACAACGCAAAGACAACGACAUUAUAAAACAAACACAAGAGUUGGACACCAGUCAUCGUAUCUUACAAGAAGAAAGAGAAGUAUUGGAAAUUAUGAAGGAAGAUCUAAACAUGAAGAAAGAAGAAAUUCAAUCCACAGUUAAGACUAUCGAAGAAGAAAAAGAUGAACUAAGAGCAAUAAGGGCUGACACUGACAAGGAAAGAAAUAUCUUGUUAGCACAAAGAGAGAAGAUGGAAACAGAUGUAUCUGAGAUAACUAUCAGAGAGGAGGAGCUCAUGAGAACAAUGAAAACCGUGGAACAACAGAGAAUCAAACUGAAAGACCUACAUGGCAGGACUCGUGGGGACAUCAGGAUGAAAAUGAAAAGCUUAGAAGAGAAAAAUAUGAAUGUACAUAAACUCAACCAGGUUUUGAAAGAAAAGUAUGAUGAACUUGUUGAUCAGAAAGAAAAGAUGAAGGCUUAUUCUGAACUGAUACAAGAAGAAAGGGAGAAUCUGAUUACAACAAGGUCAGAACUGAUUCAUGAAAGAGAAGAAAUACAAAACGAAUGGAAACAAAAGCUUGCUGUGGAAAAACAAAAUUUCAAGGAAGAAAUUCAGAGAGAGAGGGAAGAGCUCAACAAAGUAAAGGAGAUGAUGACCAAAGACAAAGUCAACCUGGAGGUCCUAAGGGCUGUCACACAGACACAAAUUGACACACUGGAAAGAGACACAUGUGAUUUAAAGGAGGAACGACAAAGGCUUGAAAAGACAAAGAUUGAAAUAAAACACGAGCAACAGAACAUUGAUACUGUCCUGGAAGAAAUAGAUGGAGAGAAGGAGAACAUGGCAAAAAUGGCUCUUCAGUUUGAUAAGGAAAGGAAAGAACUUGACAAUGCAAGGACCCUCAUUACCUUGAAACAGAAAGAACAACAACGCAAAGACAACGACAUUAUAAAACAAACACAAGAGUUGGACACCAGUCGUUGCAUCUUACAAGAAGAAAGACAAGUAUUUGAAAUUAUGAAGACAGAUCUAAACAUGAAGCAAGAAGAAAUUCAGAGAGAGAGGGAAGAGCUCAACAAAGUAAAGGAGAUGAUGACCAAAGACAAAAUCGACCUGGAGGUACUAAGGGCUGUCACACAGACACAAAUUGACACACUGGAAAGAGAAAAACUUGAUUUGAAGGAGGAACAAGAAAGGCUUGAAAAGACAAAGAUUGAAAUAUAUCACGAGCAACAGAACAUUGAUACUGUCCUGGAAGAAAUACAUGGAGAGAAGAAAAAUAUGGCCGAAAUGGCUCUCCAGGUUAAGAAGGCAAGGACAGAACUUGACAAUGCAAGGAACAUCAUUACCUUGAAACAGAAAGAACAACAACGCAAAGACAACGACAUUACAAAAGAAACAAAAGAAUUGGACACCAGUCGUCGUAUCUUACAAGAAGAAAGAGAAGUGUUGGAAAUUAUGAAGGAAGAUCUAAACAUGAAGCAAGAAGAAAUUCAAUCCACAGUUAAGACUAUCGAAGAAGAAAAAGAUGAACUAAGAGCAAUAAGGGCUGACACUGACAAAGAAAGAAGCAUUUUGUUAGCACAAAGAGUGAAGAUGGAAACAGAUGUAUCUGAGAUAACCAUCAGAGAGGAGGAGCUCAUGAGAACAAUGAAAACCGUGGAACAACAGAGAAUCAAACUCAAAGACCUAGAUGGAAGGACUCGUGUGGAUAUCAGGAGGAAAAUGAAAACCUUAGAAGAAAAACAUAUGAAUGUACAUAAACUCACCCAGGUUUUGAAAGAAAAGUAUGAUGAACUUGCUGAUCAGAAAGAAAAGAUGGAGGCUUAUUCGGGGCUGAUACAAGAAGAAAGGGAGAAUCUGAUUACAACAAGGUCAGAACUGAUUCAUGAAAGAGAAGAAAUACAAAACGAAUGGAAACAAAAGCUUGCUGUGGAAAAACAAAAUCUCAAGGAUGACAUUCAGAGAGAGAGGGAAGAGCUCAACAAAGUAAAGGAGAUGAUGACCAAAGACAAAGUCGACCUGGAGGUACUAAGGGCUGUCACACAGACACAAAUUGACACACUGGAAAGAGAUAAACUUGAUUUGAAGGAGGAACGACAAAGGCUUGAAAAGACAAAGAUUGAAAUAUAUCACGAGCAACAGAACAUUGAUAUUGUCCUGGAAGAAAUACAUGGAGAGAAGGACAACAUGGCAAAAAUGGCUCUUCAGUUUAAUAAGGAAAGGAAAGAACUUGACAAUGCAAGGACCCUCAUUACCUUGAAACAGAAAGAACAACAACGCAAAGACAACGACAUUAUAAAACAAACACAAGAGUUGGACACCAGUCGUCGUAUCUUACAAGAAGAAAGAGAAGUGUUGGAAAUUAUGAAGGAAGAUCUAAACAUGAAGAAAGAAGAAAUUCAAUCCACAGUUAAGACUAUCGAAGAAGAAAAAGAUGAACUAAGAGCAAUAAAGGCUGACACUGACAAGGAAAGAAGCAUUUUGUUAGCACAAAGAGUGAAGAUGGAAACAGAUGUAUCUGAGAUAACCAUCAGAGAGGAGGAGCUCAUGAGAACAAUGAAAACCGUGGAACAACAGAGAAUCAAACUGAAAGACCUAGACGGAAGGACUCGUGUGGAUAUCAGGAGGAAAAUGAAAACCUUAGAAGAAAAACAUAUGAAUGUACAUAAACUCAACCAGGUUUUGAAAGAAAAGUAUGAUGAACUUGUUGAUCAGAAAGAAAAGAUGGAGGCUUAUUCGGGGCUGAUACAAGAAGAAAGGGAGAAUCUGAUUACAACAAGGUCAGAACUGAUUCAUGAAAGAGAAGAAAUACAAAACGAAUGGAAACAAAAGCUUGCUGUGGAAAAACAAAAUCUCAAGGAAGAAAUUCAGAGAGAGAGGGAAGAGCUCAACAAAGUAAAGGAGAUGAUGACCAAAGACAAAGUUGACCUGGAGGUACUAAGGGCUGUCACACAGACACAAAUUGACACACUGGAAAGAGAAAAACUUGAUUUGAAGGAGGAACAAGAAAGGCUUGAAAAGACAAAGAUUGAAAUAUAUCACGAGCAACAGAACAUUGAUACUGUCCUGGAAGAAAUACAUGGGGAGAAGAAAAAUAUGGCCGAAAUGGCUCUCCAGGUUAAUAAGGCAAGGACAGAACUUGACAAUGCAAGGAACAUCAUUAACUUGAAACAGAAAGAACAACAACUCAAAGACAAUGACAUUAUAAAAGAAACACAAGAGUUGGACACCAGUCGUCGUAUCUUACAAGAAGAAAGAGAAGUAUUGGAAAUUAUGAAGGAAGAUCUAAACAUGAAGCAAGAAGAAAUUCAAUCCACAGUUAAGACUAUCGAAGAAGAAAAUGAUGAACUAAGAGCAAUAAGGGCUGACACUGACAAGGAAAGAAGCAUUUUGUUAGCACAAAGAGAGAAGAUGGAAACAGAUGUAUCUGAGAUAACCAUCAGAGAGGAGGAGCUCAUGAGAACAAUGAAAACCGUGGAACAACAGAGAAUCAAACUCAAAGACCUACAUGGCAGGACUCAAAGAAAAGAUGGAGGCUUAUUCUGA